CCUUAUCAGAUCUCCUCCCUCACAGUUCUAUUAUACUACAACAACAAACCCAAUUCAGCUCCAAACUUGAUCUAUUUUCCAACACAAAUGGCAGCCAUGAACUCCAGUGUUUUGGCAAGCAACUACGCUCUCUCUGCCACUGGAUCAUCUGAGCUUAACACCAAGCUCCCUUCAGUUGCUUCCCCAGUUGUGUCUGGUGGUCACAGGUUGCCUGUGAUCAGAGCACAGCAAGCUAAAGUUUCUUGUUCGGACGAAUCAAGAGCCAGUGAAGGAAGGAGAACAGCUAUGCUCUGUUUGGCCGCUACCCUUCUCACCACAGCUGUUGCUUCUUCUGCAAAUGCUGGAGUCAUUGAUGAUUACCUUGAAAAGAGCAAAGCUAACAAGGAAUUGAACGACAAGAAGAGGUUGGCCACUAGUGGAGCAAACUUUGCCAGAGCAUUCACUGUUCAAUUUGGCUCUUGCAAGUUCCCUGAGAACUUCACUGGCUGCCAGGAUCUUGCAAAGCAAAAAAAAGUACCAUUCAUCUCUGAUGAUUUGGCCUUGGAGUGUGAAGGAAAGGACAAAUACAAGUGUGGUUCCAAUGUUUUCUGGAAAUGGUGAUUAGAUCCAAAUGUACUUUUCACUUUCUACCUCUCAACAUAUGUAUCUAAUUUUCCCAUUUUAGCAGCCUUCCCUAUCCAUCUGUUUU